GUAUAACAGGUAUAAAAGAAAGGCAACACUGACGUUAGAUACCAGCUGACACACUGAGUUGUACAAAACCAGCUGCCGCAAAUGCAUGUCCGGCAAUGGUGUGCCCAAAAGGCACAACAUGUAAACAGUUCUGCGUCUCGUCCAAUUCAGGUAUAAAAGAAAGGCAACACUAACGUUAGAUACCAGCUGACACACUGAGUUGCACAAAACCAGACAAAACAUGAUGUACUACAGUACUGGACUUCUUUUUGUCAUCUGCGUAGCUGUGAUUUGCUCAAACAGUCCAGCUGCCACAAAUGCAUGUCCGGUACGUUACACCAUCUUUCAGUUUAUUAACAAUGAAAUGGUGUGCCCAAAAGGCACAACAUGUAAACAGUUCUGCGUCUCUUCCAAUUCAGUGUGUAAAGAUCCACUGAAAAUUGGUCCUUGUAGAGCUGCAAUUCCACGCUUCUAUUACAACAGCUUAACCAAUACAUGCGAGUCGUUUUCCUGGGGAGGAUGUCAACCGAACGGCAACAACUUCAAAACUUUUGUCGAAUGUUUCUUGACAUGCUUAGACACGAUGAACUACCGUACUGAAGUUCUGUUGGCUAUCUGCAUAGCUGCGAUUUGCAUAUGCUGUCAAGGGUGUACAGAGCCUCGGAAGGUUGGUCCCUGUAAAGCUGCCUUUCCUCGGUUCUACUACAACCGCUUAUCAGAAACAUGCGAGGAAUUUACCUGGGGAGGAUGUCAAGCGAACGGCAACAACUUUAAAACUCGAGCUGAAUGUAUCACGCAAUGUGUAAUUUAAAAUCAAGGUUGACAGCAACAACUGGUCAUAUUUCAACCAAAUAUUAUAUAUACAUUUACUUCGUCCUAUAGCUUAACUAGCAUUAGCAUAGUCUUAAAGACAAUUAAUCUGAAUCUGAUGUAAGGCCAGAACUAUGUAACAAAAUAAGUGAAUUUCGUACACCUCUUAAAUCUUUCUUCGACGACUUUCAUAUUCAAUGUAAAUCUUUCACCUAGAGAUAAUAUUGAUACACCCCCUCCCCCUCCCCCCCCCCAUCAGCAAGGGACAAGGUAGCAAAUUGGUAAUGAAAGGAAAGAAAACAUUUUAUACUAUAUCACUUGGACCUUCUAGUUUGUUUUUCACAUCCGGUUCUGGAGAUACUUGAGGAUAUAAACAAUAGCGGCCAUUUUAUAUAGAAUAGGGUUAUUUUUGGGAAAUAUUUAAUAUGCAUUUCAACAUCGAGUUUUGGACAUUUUCAACAACAAAAUAUUAAUAAUAAUCACUCUGGGUAUUAAACUACUACGCUAGUGACUAUAAUUAAAAUACGAAGCAGUGUCAGUA